AUGAGGAGAAUGUUCUACAGGAGACCAAAUAAAACACUCCUGAGGAAAAGGUUCGAAGAAAGAAUCUGGAAACGGGAGGAAUCUUUCAGCGAAUAUGUCCAUGAUAAAAUCAUCUUGGCCAAUAAAGUACCAAUUGAUGAGGAGGAAAGAGUGGACUAUAUCAUCGAGGGCAUCCCUGAUGUUUCGUUGAGGGACCAAGCUAGAAUUCAUCGGUUUCAGGGAAUAGAUGAAUUAAUGUUAACAUUCGAAAAAGUAUCUUUGCACGCUAGCAGUAACAGCAAGGAGUCAACUUCGAAGGUGACAAAAGUGGGGGAAGGAUCAGCAAGUGGAGACAUUAAGGGAAAGGUGACAGACGACAGGAAGAAAAAGCAUGAAAUUACGAAGUGUUACAACUGCGGUAAGAUUGGUCACUUUGCUACAAGUUGUGAUCAACCGGAAAGAAAAAAGGGUUCUUGUUAUCAAUGUGGUCCUACGGAGCAUAUUAUCAAAGAUUGUCCUCAGCGCAGCAAGAAACAAUCAUCGUAG